AAGGUCUCUCCUCUUCCUCGGCUCCUCGGCGAGUGUCUCGUGUGCGAUGCGAGUGGAAGAUCGAGCGAGGGCGAGGGUGGGUGAGAUGGAGACGGGAUGCGGCGCCGGACAGAAGCUGGAGGAGGAGGAAGCGCCAGCGGCGCAGAGGGAGCGGGAGCGGGAGUGGGAGGAGGCCGCCGAGGCGGUGGCGUACGACUCGUGCACCUGGCCGCCGCCCGUCGUGGCGGUGUGCGGACCGGGGAACAGCGGCAAGUCCGCCUUCUCCCGUCUUCUGCUCAACACUCUCAUCGACAGGUACAAGAAGGUUGGAUACCUGGAUAUUGAUGUUGGUCAGCCUGAGUUCACCCCUCCAGGGUUUGUGUCGCUUCAUGUUUUUGAGGAAAAGCCUAAAGAUUUGACAAUUUUAUACCUGCGCAAUCCAAAGAGGUGCUUCUUUUUUGGCGAUAUUUGUGCAAAAAGGAACCCGAAACUUCUCUUGACCUACAUAUUUGGCCUUCAUGAUUAUUUCCUUCAAGAGUUCUAUUGCCUUGGUGAGGUUGGAAACCCCAAGAAAUCAGCUAUACCACUUGUUAUUAAUACUUCAGGAUGGGUAAAAGGUACUGGGCUUCAGGUUCUAACAGACAUGUUGAAAUAUGUGUCCCCAUCUCAUGUAAUUCGAGUAUCCACGAUAGUAGAGCGUAAAAAUUUACCAGGUGGAAUGUUUUGGAUGAAUGAAGGCGAAGGAGAUUCAUCAGUGAAUGUAGUUGAAAUUCCUGCAGCACAGAACUCUCCUCGUCAUAUGUUAGCAAAGAAAGAGGCACGUAUUAUGCGUGACCUGAGGCUGAUCGCUUACUUCAGGCAGUGCUUACCAAGAGAGUUCCCUGUUUUCUGUUUUGAUGAUUUGGUUCAAGGCUUUGGUUCUAUACAUCCAUUUCGGCUUCCUCUGUCAAAAAUACAUGUUAUUGAUCUGCACUGCCAGGUUUCACUUAGUGGUACUGAUGUGCAGCGCUUCUUGAAUGGCACAAUUGUUGGUGUGGCAACAAAUGACCCUCCUCCUUUGUCAACUGAAUGUUCCACUCCUUGUUGCAUUGGACUGGGUUUCAUCAAAGCCAUACAUAUUUCGGAAGACUGUAUUCAUUUGAUAACACCUGUUUCUCACAAGCUUAUGGAAAAGGUCGACAUCCUUCUUCUGAGCUCUAUUGCUGUUCCUAGUUGCCUCUUGCAGGCCUCUGAUACAUUAACCGAUAUAACAGACAGACUGAGGGAACUCUAGAUCUUUGGAGAUGCUUCAAGCAUGGUCAUUACGGAUACCAAGUCUUCAAUUAUCAAAAGUGACGAUGAACAAUUAAACUAAGACUACAAAAUUAAUUGGACCGUGCAAUAUCAAUUUCAUAAUGUGUUGGUUAAACUAUCUUGAAGAUUAAAAGAUAUGGAGAAACUGUUGAUAAACUAUACUUCGAUGUACAUGUUAAUAUUCUGUUAUUGAAUAUGCAACAUUAGAUA